AUGUCGUACUUCAGCUCUCAGUUCUCUUCCUCUCCCGUCCUUACCAUGUCUCCCCAACAUGCCCACCAGUCAAUGGGUAUGGCAAGCUUCGGACACCACACACCACCCCGAUUUGCACCUCUGCCAAGCCAGUUCGCUGCUCAGCCUGUUCGACCUUCUGCAGCUGGUAGAAAGCGUUCCCGGGACGAGGCCUCUGAAAACCUUGAGCCUGACAUGAAGUCCCUGCCCGUUGAAGAGCCCGAAGAGGAAUGGAUCUACGGCCCUGGCAUGACCCUCAUCAAGAAGAGUACUCGCUACGUCACAGACGCCAGCAGCCAAUCCGGCACCUGGGUUGAGGAGAAGAAGGCUGCUGAAGAGGCGGCCAUCAAGGAGGCGCGCUCUCUGAUCAGAAACCCCAAGCUGCAGCGCGUAUCGCCCACUCUAUCCAGAGCACCUGCAGCCAGCACUUCUCCCCUCCAGUCUGAAGUCAAGCCUGCUAUUGAGGGCCCCGUUGUCGAUAACUUCACUCUGCACCUUGGCAUUGGCUGGCGAAGAAUCAGUGAAGAAGAGCACAUCCAAGCCGCCGCUCGUGGUUGGGCUCGCUACAUAGAGAACCACUUCCCUGUUACCAAUGCUCGAAUCCUUCUUGAGAGCAACGGUCUCCAGUCGUAUCUGGUGGAGACCAACGAGGGCUUCUUCCUAUUUGCCGAGAACCUCCGUCAAGGCCAACUUGUCAGCCAGAAUGCUGAGGGCGUACUCCGAAAUCUUCAAUGUUCUCCUCCUAUUUUUGACGAAAUGGAGGUUCUUUCAGCAGCCGAAUCACCGCGACCAACCAACGCCGUCCCUGAUAUGGACAUGAGAAUGGACUAG